AUGCACUGUCGUCAAAAGGCAGCAUUCGAAAAAUUGCUCAUAGCCGGAUUAUUUGGUGGAUUCGAUAGGUCUAAUUCAGGCCCUGCAUUGCGAGUUGUUGGAAAUGACUAUUUGGAGAACAUAGUUUUUAAUGACAAUAUCAAAUUCACCAAAGCGUCAGACAGUCCGGAGACUUUGGACAUGGUAGUCAUUCGAGGGAAUCGGCAGCUGUCUCAUGCGACAAUCUCACGGAUCUCUCAGAUUUUCCACACAUAUCGAUUCUUUAGGCCACGUAGAGGCGAAUGCGCCGUACCUGGACGAGUGGUUGACUUAUCCCAAUUGAAUUGCGAUGCCUACUAUGGAGACAUUGCCUUCAGUCAAGAAGUCGCUGGAGAAAUUCCCACCCUAGGUGGUCAUGUGGACGGCUGCCUUGUGGUUGAACACACGUAUCUUACCGAUAUCGAGUUCAUAAGAGGGUUUCAUUUCAAGCCAUCCCACUUCUGUGAAAACAGAAUAGUUGGGAAUAAGUAUCUGUGCAUAUCGGAAAAACUAGAACGACAUUUGCGAGCGAGAAUGAACAUCACAAUUGAAGACAACUUGCCAAAUAGCUGCCGAACUUGUAAGUCCUAA